GUAAUUCCCUCCUUUUGGUGGCUGAACUGAAGAUGUGGACGAAGUUGAACAAGGUAGAUAGAUGACGAUUGACGAACCACCAAUAUUUUCCUCAACUCCUUUCUCUCUCUCUCUCUGAGUGACUACGCAAAACAACAUUUAGCAGUCGAGCUUCAUCGUGCAGCCAUAGCCUCAACUCAUAUGUAUAUAUAUAAAUGAAAUAAAUAACUGCAAACUGCUACUACCCCGCCACCGCUCGCCGGCAGUCGCAGACGCCGUAGGCUUUAGUAUGACACCAUAACCGAUAACCCAUAUUUUCCAAUGCAUUUUGGACUCAACAUAUCCACCACAUUCGCUUCUUCCACGGCCGCUAAAUUCCACAAUGCUGUUCAUCGUCAUCUUCGCCACCAUGGAUACAGAAUCAUCGACCCAUCUUCCUGUUAUCCUUCUACCAAAACCGCCGUGAUAUUCCCAUCGACCAACUCAUAUUCGCUCAGGUGUGUUUAUUUUUCUCGCCGAUUUUGCCGCGCCAAGGGGGAUGAGCUUGUGCAGGAGGAAAAUCAACCAUUUAUCCCGGGCCCAGGUAACGAUGAUGGUGAAAGCCAACAAUCGUUGCAGUUUUUGCCGCAAUUGAGCGACUCCGCCAUUUUAUCCGCUUGCUUGGUUGGCCUGUUCACCGGCCUUGCCGUCGUACUUUUCAAUUACACGGUGCAUGAGAUUCGUGAUUUGUGCUGGGUUGGAAUCCCGGGCCGAGGUGCUGAGUGGUUGAGAGAUGAGCCAAUCAAAGCCAAAUGGGGACGCGUAAUUUUGGUUCCUGCCUUUGGAGGUCUGAUUGUUAGUUUGCUGAACAUGGUUUCGACUGCUGUAGAGGAUGGGACUUUCAUGUCCAGCUUCAAAUCUGCCUUGAAACUAGUCCUGAAGACUCUGGCUGCUUGCAUCACCUUGGGGACAGGGAACUCCUUAGGCCCGGAAGGCCCAAGUGUUGAGAUUGGUGUCUCUGUGGCCAAAGGAGUGGGCAGUUUAUUGGAUAAGAGAGCUCAAAGGAAGUUGUCGCUCACGGCUGCUGGGUCUGCUGCUGGAAUUUCUUCUGGUUUGUGGGUUUUUUUCUAUAAUCUGAUUUGCUUGCCAUUGGGGAUAUCUCAGUUUCCAUUAUUCGGAAAUGGCUUGUGUAUGCAUGAUGGAUUCAAUGCUGCGGUUGGCGGCUGUUUUUUUGCGGUGGAGUCUGUUCUGUGGCCGUCACCUGCAGAGUCUUCAUUGUCCUUGACGAAUACAACUUCAAUGGUCAUUUUGAGUGCUGUAAUAGCUUCGGUCAUAUCAGAAAUUGGUCUUGGCUCUGAACCCGCUUUCGCUGUUCCCAUCUAUGAUUUUCGUUCUCCGGGUGGACUGUGGUCAGUUCAAAUUAUUGUGCAAAUGUGUUAUAGUCUAUCUGAUAUCCUGAGUUCAGAACUGCCACUCUAUCUUUUGCUGGGCACACUCUGUGGAUUGGUUUCACUUGGCCUAUCCAACUCUACAUCUUUUAUGUUGGCCUUUUUCAAUGGUGUCCAAAGAACCACUGGGAUACCAAAAGCAGUAUUCCCCAUAUUUGGUGGUUUGACAGUUGGGAUUAUAGCCUUAGCAUAUCCCGAGAUUCUUUACUGGGGAUUUCAGAAUGUUGAUACUUUGUUGGAAUCCCGACUAUUUGCCAAUAGUCUUUCAGCUGAUCUGUUGGUUCAAUUGGUAGCUGUCAAAAUAGUGACCACUUCCUUAUGCAGAGCUUCGGGAUUAGUGGGUGGUUACUACGCCCCAUCUUUGUUCAUCGGUGCAGCUACGGGAAUGGCAUAUGGCAAAAUUGUUGGUUAUUUGGUUGCCAUAUCUAAUCCAAUCUUUCAUCUGUCAGUUCUGGAAGUUGCUUCCCCUCAAGCAUAUGGCCUGGUUGGAAUGGCUGCUACUCUAGCUGGGGUGUGCCAGGUGCCCCUCACAUCCGUUUUGCUUCUGUUCGAACUAACACAAGAUUACCGAAUUGUACUGCCGCUUCUAGGGGCCGUGGGACUCUCUUCGUGGAUAACGUCCGAUCAGACUAGAAAAGGAAGGCCGAAAGAAGGAAAUGAAACGGCAGCCAUGCAAGAAAGAUAUCCUAAUGAUAACGACUCAAGCUUCAAACCAACCUUUAAUGAUGUCAAGGAGCAAAACAGAAGUGGCAUUUGCGAGCUUGAGAGUUCACUGUGUCUGAAUGAGGAUUCGGGUGACGAUGUGGACAACUUGUUAGUGAAUGAAAUCAUGGUUUCACAGGCAAUGAGAACAAAAUAUAUCACAGUGCGGAUGGACACUUCCCUGACCGACAUGGUGGCCCACAUGCUGGAGGAGAAGCAAUCAUGUGCUGUAAUCGUUGACGAGAAAAAUCGGCUCUUGGGCCAGCUGGCACUUGGUGACAUUCAGCAGUUCAUUGAACUGUCGAGGGCUAAAAGAAACAGGAAACAUCAUCAGGUACUUAGAGUAUCCGAGCUGUGUUCCUCUAUUGGAAAAAGAUGUUCUGUGGCAUGGACAGCAACCCCAAACAUGAGCCUCUUAACUGCUCGAACACUGAUGAAUAGACAUGACAUAAACCAACUACCUGUCAUUGUGAGCGAUGGGGAUAAUGGAGGCUGUCCAGUCGGUCUAUUAGACAGAGAAUCCAUAGAUCUUGCUUGCAGAGCAUUUGCAAUCCGGGAGGGCCUCAACUGGUUCUUUGUACAGGAGGAAUUCAAGAAUUCAGACGUUUAGAGGGUAUAAUUGUCAUUCUGCACCGAUUCGGCAACCAUCCAUUUUCACAGCUCUCAACUAAGAAAAUACUGAAUACUGUCAGAAGGCUCGAAACUAAAGCACGUGUCUUCAUUCGUUCUCCAACCCAAUCAACACAUUUUAAAUUUUUUACAUUUUUCGGUUGUAUAGAAUAGAAUAGAUGGGCAUAGUCUCUACCCUUGUUCCCUAUUUCUGUACACAAAAAAAAAAAAAAAAAA